AUGGUGAGCAGCGUCCUGUGCCGCUGCGUGGCUUCCCCGCCGCCGGACGCCGCCGCCGCCGCCUCGUCCGCCUCGUCGCCGGCGUCAGUGGACCCGUGCGGCGGCGCCGUCUGCGGGGGCCCGGACCACAGGCUGCGCCUGUGGAGCCUCUUCCAGACGCUCGACGUCAACCGCGACGGCGGCCUGUGUGUCAACGACCUGGCCGUGGGGCUGCGACGCCUGGGAUUGCACCGCACCGAGGGCGAACUCCGGAAAAUUGUGCAAGCUGGCGACAAAGACCUUGAUGGGCAGCUAGACUUUGAAGAGUUCGUCCAUUAUCUCCAAGAUCACGAGAAGAAGCUGAGGCUGGUGUUCAAGAGUCUGGACAAAAAGAAUGAUGGGCGGAUCGACUCUCAGGAGAUCGUGCAGUCCCUGCGGGACCUGGGGGUCAAGAUAUCCGAGCAGCAGGCGGAGAAAAUCCUCAAGAGCAUGGACAAGAACGGCACGAUGACCAUCGACUGGAACGAGUGGAGAGACUACCACCUCCUGCACCCCGUGGAGAACAUCCCCGAGAUCAUCCUGUACUGGAAGCAUUCCACGAUCUUCGAUGUGGGUGAGAAUCUGACCGUUCCCGACGAGUUCACGGUGGAGGAGAGGCAGACGGGAAUGUGGUGGCGACACCUCGUGGCCGGAGGCGGGGCCGGGGCCGUAUCCAGAACCUGCACGGCCCCCCUGGACAGACUCAAGGUGCUCAUGCAGGUCCACGCCUCCCGCACCAACAACAUGUGCAUCGUGGGCGGCUUCACCCAGAUGAUCCGAGAGGGGGGGGCCAGGUCACUCUGGCGGGGCAACGGCAUCAACGUCAUCAAAAUCGCCCCCGAAUCGGCCAUCAAGUUCAUGGCCUAUGAGCAGAUCAAGCGUCUCGUUGGGAGUGACCAGGAGGCUCUGAGGAUCCACGAGCGGCUUGUGGCGGGGUCCUUGGCAGGCGCCAUCGCUCAGAGCAGCAUCUACCCGAUGGAGGUUCUGAAGACCCGGAUGGCCCUGCGCAAGACAGGCCAGUACUCGGGCAUGCUGGACUGCGCCAGGAAGAUCCUGGCCAGAGAGGGCAUGGCCGCCUUCUACAAAGGCUACGUCCCCAACAUGCUGGGCAUCAUCCCCUACGCGGGCAUAGACCUGGCUGUCUACGAGACACUCAAGAACGCCUGGCUGCAGCGCUACGCAGUGAACAGCGCAGACCCAGGGGUGUUUGUGCUCCUGGCCUGUGGCACCAUGUCCAGCACCUGUGGCCAGCUGGCCAGCUAUCCUCUGGCCCUGGUCAGGACCCGGAUGCAGGCCCAAGCCUCCAUCGAGGGCGCCCCCCAGGUGACCAUGAGCAGCCUCUUCAAGCAGAUCCUGCAGACCGAGGGCGCCUUCGGCCUGUACCGGGGGCUGGCCCCCAACUUCAUGAAGGUGAUCCCGGCCGUGAGCAUCAGCUACGUGGUGUACGAGAACCUGAAGAUCACGCUGGGCGUGCAGUCCCGGUGA